GUGCAGUACUUCUUAGAAAAGGGGGGGCGGGAAACACGGAAGCGGAAGGCUGUGUGCCGAGGCAGCUUGUUGUAGGCGGGGCUUGGGCCCGUCGUCCCCUGCGUGUCGUGUGCGCAGAGAGGGGCUGGGCUGGCGCUGGGCUCGCCUCGGGGUCGAAAAGGAGCCGUUGGUUUCGCGCGCGUUUUGCCCUGUGCGUGCAGCAGACAUGCUGGGGUGUCCUUGGUGCCCAGCAACAGCCCUUUGAGCGGGAGGCUGUUGUAAGCGACGGAACGGUGAAGGCCCGCCCCCUUUGCGAGCCCCUACCUUAGGAAGGGCAUCUGCGUGGUGAGGAUGGAAGUUGGGGGUCUUCCUGGCCUUUAAAAGAGCUGUCGUCGCAGCUUCUCCACUUAAGGAAACGUGUGAAAGCAAACAAGCCGGAUAGUUGGAUUCGGGCUGCAUGUUCUGCUCUGGGGUGAAACGGUUGUGAAUGAAACACAGACAAGAAGUUUCCUCUGAACUUCGUAUUGCACACAAGUCUCUUUUCUUCUCAGAAGCUGAUGAUGCUCUAGCCACCUUCUCUACCUGGACUGAAAAUGUCAAAGAAAUUGGAGGCUCCACUUUCCUUGUCAGACUGUUGUUGUAAUAUUUGCAUGGAAAUAUUUCUGGAACCAGUCACAUUGCCAUGCCACCACACUCUCUGCAAAUCCUGUUUCCAGCUUACAGUGGAAAAAGCCAGUCUGUGUUGCCCUUUCUGCCGUCGGCGAGUCUCUUCUUGGGCAAGAUAUAAUGCCCGCAAAAACACUCUUGUUAAUGUAGAAUUGUGGGGAAAGAUUCAAAAGUAUUUCCCAGAAGAAUGCCAACGUAGAAUUAAUGGACAGGACCUAGAAGAAGAUGCAUGCAUACCUCAGCCAGUACACUGCUUAAGUAAGCCUGGAGAAUUAAGGCAAGAAUAUGAAGCUGAGAUUACCAAGGUGGAAGCAGAAAGACAAGCUCAUGAACAAGAAGAAAGCAAAGUAAGUGAAGAGUAUAUUCAAAGGCUGUUGGCAGAAGAGGAGGCAGAGCGGAGGGUAACGGAAGAAAAGAAAAAACAGAUGGCAGAACAAUUAUUAAAAGAUGAAAUGUUAGCACGCGAACUGAGUUUCAGUCUGGUAAGUUUGCUCAAGAACAGCUCUAGUGAGGAGCACUUACUUAGCAGUCUGUCUCCUGGCCCAUCCCCGUCUAAUUCCUGCAGAACAUCAAAAAAUAAAUCAAGCAAGUCUGGAAACAUCAUUAAGUAUUUAUCUCCAAAGUCCAGUACUGCUUUUCCUUCAAAGCUGCUCUCCAAAAAUUUAGAGGAAGAAAUCAUUGGCUCAUCUUCUGGGGAGAACAACAGCACUAAAAACAACUUUACGUGUGGGGAGGAAAGAAAAGAAGAUGAAAUGCCCACAUUGUCUCCACAGAUGAUCAAUGAGGUGAGGAAUACUAAAGAAUCCUUUUUAGACUCACCUAUGCCACAAUUAAAUAUAUGCACUAAAAUUGAAUCUAGCCCUCUUGGCCGCGAUCUGUCAUGUUUUUCCAGUCAUCAGGUAAAUGAACUAGCAAAUGAGCUUUCCAGUAUUGGGCAUAGGGAAGACCCUGCAACAGAAUCUUCUUUCUCAAAGAGAGGUGUAGCUGGUUCUGACUUUAAAAAUGGCAAUUUUAUAAGAAAUACGCACUUGGCAAAACAUGCGAAAAUCAAUUCUUUUCAGGAAACAUUAAUUUCUGCAACAUCCGAUAACCAGAAGAACAGCAGCAUUGCAACCUGUGACUUAGUAAAGGUGCUGGAAAUCAACCCAGUAGAAAAUAAAGACCAUAGUGGCUCUCCAAUCACUAAAGGUAUUACAAAGAGAAAAUCUCAAGAUUCUCCUGAGACAGCCAUGGAUUCAUGCUUGAAUGAUAAAAGAAGAAAAACUUCCUUACAAAGUGAUGAAGAUGAAGAGGAGUUUGAUAUACAAAAGCAGAUGAGUUUGGAGCAGCAGCUUUAUGAAAGGUAUAAGCAAGAAGAAGAGGACAGACGUCUAGCUUUGAAGCUUCAGAAGGAAAUAGACAAAGAACAGAAGACAACAAAUCGCAAAAAAGGCUCUCCAGAUGAGUACCAUUUGCGCCCCAAAACAUCUCCAUCAGCGACGGAAUCCUCUCCUGUAAGGAAAUCCUGCAAACUUUCAAAUAACUCAAUGCCUCCAAACAGCCAAACUGAAGCAGGUCAACACAAAUUGCGGAGAGCUUCUCACAAUGAAAAUUGGAAACCCUCUCACAAGCUCCGGACAAAGUCACCUGGUGUAAAAGAAGGAAAUGUUUUGAACUGUGUCCUCAACAGCUCUAAGAAUGCAGAAUUGCUGCCCAACAGACAAAAAACAAUUCUUCAGAUGUUUAAGAAGUCUUCCUCAAAAUAGGAGGUCAGGAGUUCCUAUGAAGGCACUGUGCCAUUAUUGGGAAUUAAAGAAGGAAUUACCUUUUGGAAAGCUGAUUCAGUUACAUUAUCUAUGUAGAGAAUAUGCUUUCAGAAUUAAUGUGCUCCUUGGCUGGGAACCAGUAAUGCCUGCUGUAUGUCCAUUUACAUUGACUUCUUGUUCUGAGUUAUUUAACAUGCUUGGUAACAAGUUAUUCUGAGUGACGAGAGAUUACCAGCCUAUAUAGUUUAUGUUGAUGCUGUGCUUUUGUCCCAGAAUGUAUCUUCAAAGCAGCUUCCAGUGAUAUAUUCCCCCACAGGCCCACACUCAAGAGUAGUAAGUGAAUGGAGGUGGAUUAUGGGAACAAUAACAUUUCUGUGUAUCGAGUAAAUGUGAAUGUUAUAGGUCAUAUUUUACUAGAACACCCUCAUGCUUAAGUUGAUAUGAUUGAUACUAUUGCCCAUAUUGAAUGAAGUGUUAAUUAGGCCUGUUGGAAUGUCCAUUUCUGAGAAUGUAUGUACCACCACCACCUCUGGUGCCACAUGAAGGCAGGCACUCCUAGCAUAGCCAACUCCAUGCAGAACUUGCCAUUUCUGACAUGGGUUGGUGGGGGACCUCUUCUGCAGAGCCCGAGCCCAUGGGGAAGCCUGAGAAGGCACAUGAGGAUGCCUUGAGUGCCUUCUGGGCAUCCCUGCACCCUUUUCUGGCCAUAUCUCUGGGCUUCAGUUGUGUAGAAGAGGCUCCACUGGUGCUGGAUAUGGCAGGUACUGCAAGGAGCUGGAUUUAAUAGCAAGUGUCUCAAAUUCAUUCUUUACAUCUCCCCAUAACAUAUUUGCCAUUGACUAUUAAGAUGCCAUAUACUGCUCCCAUAUGAACAGAUUUUCUAUUCUUUGAAAUACAAAUUUGCAUUUGUUUAGAACAUCUAUCAGAAUGGCUUUCAAGUCAGAGAGAACCCAUCUAUCUUGAAUGGACCCCCGCCCCGCUGCAGUUCUUUAGGGAACCUAAACUAUUUAACACAUUUUGAAAUAAUAUCUAGUAAAUGGUAGAUUAUAUCCAGCCUUUGUGUGCAUGGAAAGAAGUACCUGGGAGAUCUAUAUACAACCCAAAGUCAGCAAGAAAACGAUGUGUAUUUUGUAUACUAUGUAUAUUUUCAAAUUAUACUACUUAUAAGUAACAUGCUAGAAACUUUUUACAGAUAAUACACUGGUCUUUGCAGACAACAAGCAACAAACAAGCCCUAUAGAAUUUGUUCUUAUUACUGUUGUCCAGUUCUUCUGCAGAACCCAGACCUAAAAAUAAAUGUUUUAACUGAG